UGGCUCAAGUUGGCGACUCUAAACAGAUGAAUAUUCUUAUCCAUAUUUUAGAUUAGUUUUUGUACUAUUUCCCCAAAAAAAAUGUGUAAUUUGUAGUAAUUUGUAAAUUCCAACGCUGUUUAAAAAUUGUGAAGUCUGUUGACGCUGCCAAUAAAUAGAAGGCAGAAGAGUGAUAAUUAGCAAGCAAAGCAAGUUGUCAUUGUAAUUUGAUUUAGUGCAAAAAAAUGGCUCUGCUCAACGAUCUCAUCAACUUGGAUCUCUCCGACGUUACCGAGAAAAUCAUAGCGGAGUAUAUAUGGAUCGGAGGAAGUGGUCUAGAUCUCCGAAGCAAGGCCAGGACGCUCUCUGGCCCCGUUAGUGAUCCAUCGGAGCUGCCAAAAUGGAAUUACGACGGCUCCAGCACUGGCCAAGCGCCCGGUGAAGACUCUGAAGUCAUCAUCUAUCCUCAGGCAAUUUUCCGUGAUCCUUUCAGGAGAGGAAACCACAUCCUGGUGAUGUGUGAUGCAUACACACCAGCAGGGGAGCCUAUUCCAACCAACAACAGGCAUAGUGCUGCUAAAAUAUUUAGCCAGCCUCAGGUUGCUAAUGAGGAGCCCUGGUAUGGCAUAGAGCAGGAAUACACUUUACUCCAGAAGGAGGUGAAGUGGCCGGUCGGGUGGCCGGUUGGCGGCUUCCCGGGGCCUCAGGGGCCAUACUACUGCGGGAUUGGUGCGGAUAAGGCUUUUGGACGCGACAUCGUAGAUUCUCACUACAAAGCAUGUCUGUACGCCGGAAUCAACAUUAGUGGCAUUAAUGCCGAAGUCAUGCCUGGCCAGUGGGAAUUUCAAGUUGGGCCGUCUGUCGGCAUCUCUGCAGCUGAUCAAGUUUGGGUGGCUCGUUACAUUCUUGAGAGGAUUACAGAGACAGCCGGUGUUGUUCUUUCCUUCGAUCCGAAGCCUAUUCCGGGGGAUUGGAAUGGUGCAGGUGCUCAUACAAACUACAGCACAAAAUCGAUGAGGGAAGAAGGCGGAUACGAAGUGAUAAAGAAGGCGAUCGAGAAGCUGGGAUUGAAGCAUAAGGAACAUAUCGCUGCCUACGGUGAGGGUAAUGACCGUCGUCUCACCGGGAAGCACGAGACCGCCGACAUCAACACUUUCUUAUGGGGGGUAGCAAACCGGGGAGCCUCGAUUAGGGUGGGCCGGGAUACGGAGAAGGCGGGCAAGGGCUAUUUCGAGGAUCGAAGGCCGGCGUCCAAUAUGGAUCCAUAUGUUGUCACCUCUAUGAUUGCCGAGACAACCCUCCUUUGAGGAUUCACAUGCUGACAAGGAUUCUAAUAAGCAUUUGUUGCCACUCUUAUUUUUAUGAACUUCACUUAUCUUGAUGUACUAAAUGUGGGAUCUCUUUUUAGUUUUUAUUCUUCGUGUGUGUAUUAAUUGGUCUUAUUUAGUUUUGCAUCCAAUACCAUAGUACUAUUAUGGUUGGUAUGCAGAAAUAGUAUUUUAAUUAUUUUGUUAUGAUAAAUGAAAAUCUGUCUAUUUUGUCGUUUU